GCGGUGCAGAUGCGGAGCAAGAGGAACUUUGUGUUUGACGAGGUGGUGAAGCGGCGGGGCCCGCCGGGGACUGUGAACGUGGUGCAGGGCCUGGAGCUGCACAAGGGGCUGCUCAAUGCGCAGGAGCAGGCACGCGUCGUUGGCGCCAUCGAGAGCUGGGUCGAGGCCGGCCGCGCAGGGCUGCUGCGUGGGCGCACGUUCUCGGCACCCCGCAAGCACAUGAAGGGCAAGGGACGCGUGACGGUGCAGUUCGGCUGCUGCUACAACUACGCCAUUGACAGGGAGGGCCGCGAGCCGGGGAUCAUCGCCGAGGAGGUUGUGGAGCCGAUGCCGCCGAUGCUGCAGGCGCUCGUGCACCGCCUGGUUCGCUGGGGGGUUAUGCCGCGCUCCAAGGCCCCCGACUCUGCCAUCAUCAACAUCUACGACCAGGAGGACUGCAUCCCGCCGCACAUAGACCACCACGACUUCAGCCGACCCUUCUGCACCAUCUCGCUGCUGUCCGAGCAGGCCAUCAUGUUUGGCGCCAAGCUCAUCCCCCUCGGGCCCGGCAAGUUUGGUGGCAACCACUGCACAAUCCCCUUGCCCGUCGGGUCGUGCCUGGUGCUGAAGGGCAAUGGCGCUGACGUGGCGAUGCAUUGCGUGCCCCCAGUCUCCCAGCGCCGCAUGUCCAUCACCCUGCGCAAGUGCGCCCCCCGUCACUCCUCUCACCUUUGCUUUUUGUUCAUUUGCACAAGCCUAUAG